ACAAAGUAUUAGCAACACUGACGGGAGACAGCUCACCAAAAUUCUGCCUGCAGAGUGCAGUGAUUUUACUUUGCAUUUUCGUUUAAAUUUUAUACUUAUUAUUUGGCUUAUAGAAAUAAAACGUGUACAGCUACAUGUAAUUCGACAUUACGCGAUUUUUGUGCAACAACUUAUAUAUGCAUACGUAAUAUAUAUACGUCCCAAAUAAAGGAAAAAACUAGUUUUGUCUGCCAGCAACUUGGCAAGUUUGUGUGAAAAAUUCCAAAGCAGAGAAUUAAGUUAAAAUGGUUGAUAAAUUUAUUAGCAUGUGGAGAGUGCGCGAGUUGGCUGACAAAGUCACCAAUGUCGUAAUGAACUACACAGAAAUAGAGGGCAAGGUGCGCGAGGCGACGAACGACGAUCCCUGGGGUCCAACAGGUCCGCUCAUGCAGGAGCUGGCGCACGCUACAUUCUCCUAUGAGACCUUUCCGGAAGUCAUGUCCAUGCUUUGGAAACGUAUGCUGCAGGACAACAAAACCAAUUGGAGACGGACGUACAAGAGCUUGUUGCUGUUGAAUUAUUUGGUACGCAAUGGUUCGGAGCGCGUGGUGACGUCGUCGCGGGAGCACAUCUAUGAUCUGCGUUCAUUGGAGAAUUAUACGUUUACGGACGAAGGCGGCAAGGAUCAGGGUAUUAAUGUUAGGCAUAAGGUACGAGAGCUUAUAGACUUUAUUCAAGAUGAUGAUCGUUUGCGCGAGGAGCGCAAAAAAGCCAAAAAGAAUAAGGACAAGUAUAUUGGUAUGAGCAGUGAUGCCAUGGGCUCCCGCAGCGGUGGCUACAGCGGAUACAGUGGGGGCGGCGGCGGCGGCAGCGGAGGAUACAACGACGGGGAUUGGCGCAGCAAUCGCGGGGACAAUUGGUAUUCCGAUAAGAGCUCUGCGGACCGUUAUGAGGACGAGGAUACUCAAUAUGAUGGCGAGCGUGAAGGUUCCGACAGUGAUUCACCCAGUCCCAGGCGCAACUAUCGGUACAAUGAUCGUGCCAGUCCCGCUGAGGUGGCUGUUGAGAGCAAGCCAACAAACCUCAACAUGAACAUACGCUCAAAGGCGGUCAGCUCGCCGGUGUCCAAGCAGCCCACAUCCGCUGGCACCUCAAAGCAGCCGCCACCACAAAAGAAAAUCAAUUUGGGUGCUGCGGCUAACUUUGGCAAGACGCCGAACGCGGCCGGCAUUCACUCGCCUACGCAUCGCGACACGCCCACUACAAAUAGCGUUGAUCUAAUGGGCGGCGGUUCGCCCAGCAACAACAAUAACAAGAGCAAUACACCGAUUAACAACAAUGAUUUGCUGGAUGAUCUAUUCAAGACGUGUUCAACGAGCCCAGUACAGCAGUCGCCGAAAGUCGAGAAGACGCUUAAUAGCGCCGCUGUUAUUAUUGAUGACGACGAUGACUUCAAUCCGCGUGCUGCUGAUGCUGCUCCCACGCAAGAGUUUGGUGAUUUUGCGGCUGCUUUUGGCAGCGGCUCAAUGCCACCUUCGACGGGCAUAGUGCCGCCGCCAAGCAAUGAAGAGUUUGCGGACUUUGAGGCAUUCCAGAGCUCUAGUGCUGCGACGGUGUCAUCCACAUCGGUACUGGACGGCAACCUAUUGACGACUGCGACGCCAGCUAACGAUGCCUUUGACCUAUUCAACACCCCAGCGCCAGCAGGAACGGCAACGGCAACAACAGCCACAGAUCUGCUGGCCGGAUUGGGUGAUUUGUCGAUUCAUCAGAGCAUGCCAAUGGCUGUUGAAAUUCCGCACGUCGCAAAGGCGUCGCUGCCGCCGCCAUCGGAAUCAAUACGCCUGACCCUAUCGAAGGCCAUUGCAAGCCUACGAGAUUUGCCACGCGUACAGAGCGCCGCCGAUGUCAGCUAUGUGGCUGCCACAUUGCGUCAAUUACACAGCGCUGGCGCUUUGCCCGGUUACACGACGCCAGAGCAACUCGUGGGGCUCGAUUGCCGUGUGGUUGACUGGUCGCAACUGGCAGACGAUGAGUUUGCAGCGCUGCUCGCCCAGCUUGGCAGACUAUUCACACGGGAUUGGCCCCGGCCCACAGAUGAUGUGGAUGUUCUAAAUAUGUUUAAAUUGGAUUACAGCUUCGGAUAUGUGGACGUUUCAUUUGAGACGCUGCAACAGCAACUGGAACGGGUGCCCGGCACAGCUGCCUCCAUGCUCGCCGCCCUUGUGCAGGAUCAGAGCUUGAUCUCCGUGUGCUUGCUGCACCUCACACGUCAGCGUGGAGCGUUAAUGCAACGAUUUGCGCGCACCAUUAAAGUGCUGCCCGAGCGGCUGGUGGACGAACAUGAUGAGCGGACUCUGCAGUUCAUACAACUGUUGAUUGGGCUGCCUGGCCUGGUGGCCAACAAGGUGGGACGACAGUUGCCUCCAAUAUUUGCGACGAUCGCUUACGGACGCCUGCUCCUGCGCCAUUGGAUCAGAGCUGUGUAUUUUGUGCUGCAGUGCGAGGAACCGGCUGGAUACUUUGAUCUAAGUCCGUUUAGCUGGAUGCUCUCACGCGUGCUUAACAAUUAUUUUGAGGCUGCCACAUUGGAGAAGCUAAUGCGCGUGCUGGAAGAUCUUGCGGUUCCACCGAGGUCACGCAGCGUGUUGCAACAAAUCUUACAUCACCUGGAGCCAGCGGCCUGUUUUAAAGUGGCACAGUCGGCGCUCAAUGCUGAGCUUAAUCUUUACGUGCUGCUGGGACCCGGUGCACUGGAGCAGCCACAUUGGCAGCAUUGCUUGCUCCAGAAGCUGCCGCUGCAGCGUGCGCCCACAGAGAAUGGACCACUCUGCACUUUAGUGGGGUAUCUCGCCGUGACGGCAGCCGCGGAGCUGCAGGUGCUUUUUAACCAGCUGCUGGGCAUGUGGUCCAAGCGAAUCACCCUACAAAAGCUGAGCAGCCAGGAGCAUGUGGCCAUAUGCAAGCUGCUGGUGCUGGCUGGCAAAGAAUGUAAUGUCAACAUGCAAGAGGAGCGCAAGCGGCUGCUGCACGAGGGAAUGACUCAUCAUCUGCAGUCGCCCGACAAGGUGCAGCGUUAUCUGGGCAUGAAGACGGUGGAGCUGCUGUAUAACAACAUGCUAACUGUAGAGGCGAAAGAGGAGGAUCGACUGAAAUUUGAUUACGCUGCUAUGCAGGAAACGCCACAUUGGCAUCUCAUCGAGGAGCUUGAAAUGCUGGCGAACUUCAAGUAUCCCGGCAAGGAGCAAUUAGAUGAGAGGCCCAGUCAAAAGCUGCUGCAACGCCUCGAGCUGCAUAUGGCUCAGCUAAUGGAGGACGAGGAGCAACAGCUCCGCCCACCAAUUGUGCCGUCGCCUGCUAAAGAUACUGCUAAAAUGCAACUGGACCUGGACUCGGACGACGAUGAUUCACCAACCCUGCCGCUCGACGAGGAUGACGAGGAUGAUCUGAAACCAUAUGACAUGUCCAAUGACAUUUCCAACAGCCUGGAACAGCGACCCAAGUUUGUGCUCGACCUACUCCACCUGCUGCGCACCAAGGUGGCCAAUUAUGAGAUCUUUGAAGGUGCCAUGGCCACAGCUGAGCAACUGAUACGCAGCCAACUGGCGCAGCAGGACGGCAAGCUGGCUCUUGAGCUGAUGGAGCUGUUCAUCGGCCUUGAUAUGCAGUACUAUUUCGAGGACUUUGACGGCACCCGGUUCCGUUGCUGUGUGGCCAUCUGUGUAGCUAAGCCCGGUGCCUGUGCGGAGCUGCUCUGUCGCAUGUUCCACACGGACAACACGCGGUACGCGGCCAAUGUCCGCAUUCUCAUACUACAGGUAUUGGCUGCAGCAGCCAAGGAGCUAGCCGAUGAUGAGCUUCAGUUGGCAGCUGACCAACAGGCUCUGGACAUUGUGCCGCCCGUAGCCAAGCAGCCUCGCAAAUUCAAGCUGCAGUCUGACAACGAGGCUGAUGACCGGCUGGCGGCGGCGCAGCGCAUCAUACGCGAACGCUUGCGGUCCAAGACGAAGCGUUAUGUGAGCAAGAGGGCAACGCCGGACAGCAAGGCUAAGGUCAAUCCCUUCCAUGCCGUUGCCGGCACAUUCUUCUUUGGCCUGGUGCGUGGCCAGCGCACGCGUCAAAUGCUCUAUGUGAAAUAUGAGAAUAUUUCGCAUGACAUCGAUACCCAGCUGCUGGUCAACAUGCUGCACACGCUGGCCGUGCUGGUCCUGUGCGCCCAGAACUGCCCGCUGCAGCCGGCGAUGACGCGCGAGGUCUUCGACCUGUGCGUCUUUGUGCGCUUCAACGCCGAGGCACGAGUGCGUUCGGCUACGCUGCAACUAUUGGGCAUAGCUCUGGUUGCCACGCCUACCCACCUGUUGAGUGCCCAUUUUGCUGAAUCUCUCAUCGAGCUCAAGCGUUGGCUGGAUGAGCUUGUGCGCUCACCCCUCGUGGGUGGUGAAUCAUCCGACGAGUGCCGCGAGCUCGCCCAACAGAUUCUGGGCAUAUGCGACAAGCUAUUCGAUACAGCGAACUUUGGGCAGGCCGCUUAGUUAGAUAAG